AUGGCUUCCUAUUCUUCUCAAGGUUCGUUUUAGUGGCGUGGCAAUUCACACAGUCCUUCCAGAAGUCGAAGCAGUUCUCGCUCCACUCUUUGCCAAGUACAUUCAAGCGGUUGACGAUGAAAAGUGGGAUGUGAUUGAAAAAUUCUAUCAUCCGAACACGGUUCUUGUGCAAAAGUGCAAGGAGAAUACCUAUUUUUACGGAAACAAAGGUACUAGAGUUGAUUUUUGGACGUUUUGCCUUUCAGUAGAGAUAUCAAAAAGUUGUCAACUGAUAAAAAUCAAAAAGAUAUUGUGCACAUUUUACUAGUUGACCACGUUUCGAUAUCUUCACUGUCAACUGAGAUAAAUUGUUUUUUUAAAGCCGCCACCAACUUCCUACGCGGUUUCGCCGACAUCACCGGAAAAGCGGUGAACUCGAUCUCGAACGUAAAGUUCGAAGGAACCGGAAACUGGUUGAUCAUCAGCGCGAAUUUCCGAACGGAGACAGAAAAGAUCGGAGUGGUCACGGGAAAAUUCUUGCAAAUCUGGAAGAAAGAGGGCGAGAAGCUGUCCGUCUAUCACGAUGAAUUCGAGAUGGACGCUUGA